UUACAUAUCGUUGAAAUCGAUCAUAAAGAUGAAAAUCCUCAAUUUGCUAAAAGAACGGUUGAUGUCUUUUUCCCUGCGGAAGCUAGUACUGAUUUUCCCGUCGCUAUGCAAACUGGUACAUGCAUCUACAUGAACAGAAUAAGUGGUGAAACAAUUUUUGUAACUGCUGAACAUGAAGCAACUAGUGGAAUCAUUGGUGUCAACCGAAAGGGUCAGGCAA